CAUCAGUCUUAGCGCGGCGCCGCCCCCACCCUCCCAUUCAACCACUGGCUCUAAUGUAGCCCUGUGUUUACUACAGAAUUAGUGCAUAGCGGACGACAGUCUCCUGAACUGUGAACUCCGAAUCACAAAAGAUAACCUGUUAGUUUUGCAUAAAAGGAGAAAAAUACCCCAAACUCAACAUGCCCAAGAGAAAGGGAACUGAUGGAGAAGUCAAGGAGGAGCCUCAGAGACGGUCUGCAAGGUUAUCAGCGCAUUCGGGAUCGAACAGAGCUGUUCUCUGCACUAUAAAACCAACACCUCCGAAACCUGAACCAAAACCGAAAAAGACUCCUAAGAAAGACAAGGAGGUGAAUGAUAAAAAGGAAGAUAAGAAGGCAAAGGGAAAGGCUGACGAAUCGAAGGAGGAGAACCAGUCAGAAAAUGGGGAGACUAAGACCAACGAGGUUGAGAAAACUGCAGACGAGGCGGCAGAGGGCGAGAAGGACGACCCGAAGACAGAGUAGCAGCACGCCUGUCCAUCCGUCCAUCCAUUCUUUCCCUUUCCUCUCUUUCUAUUCUUUUAUCUUCCCCCUUUCCCUGUUUUCUCUCUCCCUCUCCAGCUCUCUCAACAACCUCCUCUCUGCCCAUCACCACCAGAGGAAUAUUUUUAUCAGCAAAUUUGUAAAUACUGGUUCAGGUUUUUAGCACAAAAAACAAAGCUGACUAAACGAGUCUUGUGUUCGGCCGCAGCUGUAUCAGGUGUCUACAACACGAGAGGUGCGGAAAAAGGCGGCGUCCUUCUUUGCUUUUGUUGAUUUGUCUGUUUUUAUUUCUUUUACUUAUUUUAAGCGGAUGGUCUGUAGCGUGGUUUUGGAGUGGGAGGCGGGAGGAGGCUCUCAGUCUGUAUGUCCGUUAGUGCUUGUGAUGUUGCUCUGGAGUCUGUGAUGUUUCUGUAUGGGGUUUGUUUUAUUUUGUUCUUUUAAACGUAAUGGAUUGUCUUUAAGAAAGAGGAACGAGUUUGAAAAUUGUAGAAGAAAAGAGAGAAAACAACUAAAGACAAACUGCUUACAUUCCAGGUUCAGCAUUAGAUGGUGACUCCUGGCUUUUUAAGAAUCGUAACACCUUUACAAUUUGUUGAAACAGAUAACUAGGCUUUGUUAUGAGGCCAGAAAAACCCUUCUGUUGUUAUAGAGGACUUUUUUGAAAUUAUGGGAUUUAAGACACAAAAAAAAUUCAACGCGUUUUUGAAGUUUUUUUAACACUGAAAAUUCAUCUGUGAAAAGUACCUAGUGUCCCCUAUAAUGCUCUCGGUCUCACUCAAUAAAAAUCCAUCAUUGGAGUUUUCCUCAAAA